CUCACUAUGUGAACCAGCUUUGAUCGAUCCAGGAUAUGUAGAUGUAGAUUCAAAGGCCGUACCCAAGAUGGAGGAACCGUUGAGCCUUGAAUUACUGAGCGAGAAGGCUCUGCAUCAAACGGCAGACCCUCGACUCAUAGCGUACUGUCCGUCCAUGGACUUGUUGGCUCUUGGUUGCACCGACCAACAAGUUCUGAUAUACCGUCUGAACGGCCAGCGUGUUUACGGGGCAUCACAAAAGGGCAGUACGUUACGAGUGGAGAGUAUUAGCUGGAAGCCGAACGGACAGCUCCUCGCCAUUGCCUGGAGCGAUGGCUCCGUGCGACUGGUUGGUGCUGAGAGCAGCAAAACAGUACAUCAAUUCUCCACGGGCGGUGAAAGCUCAGGGGUCACAUGCAUGGGAUGGACAUCCAACCGUAUAUGCAAGCAUCUGGGAUCAGCAAAGCCAAACAAGGGCCCAGAGCCAUGGGAGGCUCUUUUAACAGACGGCAACGCUCUCUCUGACAGCAGACCCUCUUUGGAUUUGCCUCGAGAUCUCUCUCUGAUCGAUAUUGAGACAAGUUUGCCAAAACUAAGUGUACUUGCUGGAAGCUCAUCAUCAUUAGAUGCCCUCUUCCGCCCCUUUGAUCCAAAGGAUAACGAUUCCGUGGAUGUUAUGGUUGUAGGCACGAGGGAAGGCAGCAUUCAUCUCAGUAUCUACGGCUCGUUCGUCGUAGGGUCAUUUAAGUCUCCAGCUACCAACGGAGCUCUUACUUCUCAUCUCGUUCUCCAUGCAUCUCACGAGCGGUAUUCUACGCAUGCUUUGCUUAUGAAAUCAUCGGACUCCGAGGAGAGGCUUUACUUUAUCCCAAUGGAUCUUCGCUUCAUCUCGGCAUCAAAUGACUAUCUCUCUAUACUUGCGUCUCGGUCAACAGCGCUACAAAAUCUCCUGAGAUAUAUUCAGCAAGUGCAGAUUCUCAUGGUCAAUGAAUGGAAAGGGACGCAAGAAUUGCCGGCUAGGUUUCUUCGGAACAUCAAUGAAACUCUUGGAGAAAAUGAAAAUCGUGAUAUUGUACAAGCAUUAUACCAUUCAGUGGCAACUGGCCAUACCUUCCCGGCUGUGCGGGAAUGGCUGGUCGAUGAGUUGUCGGAAAGGGGUCACAAGAGAUGGGACAAAGCUGUAGUUACUGGACUGGAAAAUCUCAAACGACUUGUGCACGAGAACAUGCUGCCAGCGCUAGAGCGCUGUUCUAUCAUUUUGAGUCGAUUUUCAGGUAUCGCCAAGUUUCAGGGUUCGAAUGACUCUGUUGGCUUUUCGAGUCAUCAGAUUAGCCUCAUUAUGGACACAGUCGCGUGCCUACACCUCGUCUCUUCCAGGAUUUUAAUCCAAGUUGUUGAAGAGCUUGAUCUCUUCGCCUCAUUCUCAGCCUGGAUGCGUUAUGAGAUUGACAGGCUCGCUUCCGAUACAUCAUCUUCUUCCCCAACCGAGGAGAUGGCUGAAAAAGAAGCAUCGAUUGAUCAUAGCAAGGUCCUGCUAUAUCUUCAGAGGAUUAUGACAAAAAGUCCAUUGGCUGUGUUCUUUGACGGCGUCUCAUCUGAAACUCACAAUAAUGACUCGGCCCAUGCUGAGGAAGGCGUCCCAAUGUUUGCUCUACUCCAUAGUCAACUUCAAAAGCAGGAGCAAGGACUUCCUUAUAUGAGGCAUUUGCCACAAGUCCAUUUCCUUUAUCAAAAUCUAGCUCAGCAGGCCAACGUUGUCUUUGGCCAGAUUGCAGAGGCGGAAAAACGAAACGUUUUGUUUGGGAAGGCGAUCGAACUUGGUAAUAUACGAAGCGGUGCGCUGGAUAUGAAAAUCAGUCCAAUAGAUGGCUCUUCUUUCUAUACUCAUGUUGCUAUCGUGCCAAUAGGACGAUUAAAUCAAAUCCAAAUCAUUCAAGUUACAUUAAGUAUCGAAAGCGGCAUCAGCACCGUCCAUAAUGUGAAGUCUCUAGGUCUGCAAUUGGGUGAUGGUCAAAUCAAAGACAUAAAAUUUGCAGAUAACAAUACACUGCUAGUGUUAUGGGAGUCAAAUGGCACGACAAGUCUUUUGAGCAUCCCUUACAGGGGUGACCGAGAUGGGAAUCUUGCAAAAUAUGCUAUGUCCUAUUCUCCACUUACUCCAACGUCACAUCCCAAACCUACGGUGUUCAAUGACAAAGAGGUGGUGAAACGGUUUUCCAAGUACCGAAUCCCCAGUGAGGAAUCUUUCGUGCCCGAGAAGAUGGAAAUCAGAGAGCGAAUGGGCAGAGCACGGGACAACGAGACAGGGAGAAUAGUUAUUGUCGGGAGAGACCGACUGCAUUACAAGGUGUUCAAGUUGCCCGUUCAGGAUAUGGAAGGCGCAGCUGAUGAGGACAUCCCGAUGUCAUGAACUCUGAGCACCCAUUCGAAAGCAAUAUUGAGGUGAACAUUGACCAAUGAUAGAGAAUAAUGGGACCAGCAUCGUUAGGUAUUCUUAGCUGGACUAGAGUCCGUGGAUCGACAUAUCGAACACUGCAAACUUCGCAUCUGGCUGUACUCUUUUCACUAGGGAAUGGGCAGGGGACGGAAGCCACCUACUUCUAGAGCCCGGUUGCCCACGAAUCAGGGAGGGCCUGGAGGUUGAGAUACAGAUACCUACCUGGGUUCUCCAUCUAUCGACCUACCUAAUACCUACCUUCUUGUCUAGGUAUACAGAGUAGCUAGAUGCUCAGAACCGGCUACGUUAUUAUUAUAAUUACCUACCCAUGCCGCGUACGUUGUUUUCUACCUGUAAGAUAACCAAAUCGAGACAGGGGCC